AUGCGCGGUCAUUCCAUUCUGAUUGCCUCAUGGGCUCUUGCUGUAUCAAUAAUACUCAAUGGAAGGCAACUUUGCUCAGGUUGCUUUUCAGAAGAAAAACAUGCUCUCUUGGACUUCAAAGCUUCCUUAAAUGUGACUACAAAUGCUCAUCUUAUCCUUUCUUCGUGGACUGGAAAAGAAGGUGAUGGAGCAAAUGAUGAUUGCUGCACCUGGGAACGGGUCAAGUGCAGUAAUAUUACUGGGAGAAUUGUUGAACUCCACCUUCGUAAUUUACUGGAUGAGGAUUGGUAUGUAAAUAUAAACAUUAGCACUUUCAUACCUCUGAAGGACCUGCGAGCUCUAGACCUGAGUGGUAAUGACUUCAAUAGUGAAGUGACAGAAUUGAAGCUGGAGAACUUGAAGGUACUCAAUCUUGAAAAUACAAAUGUUAACAAACUCUCAGGCAUUGAGGCUUUAACUUCUCUCAAAACCUUAUCUUUGCGCCGUAUUGGUAUUAAUGAUUCCUCCGUCCUUCAAGGAAUUUGCAGUUUGAAGAAUCUCAAUGAACUUGACCUGAGUCGGAAUAAUUUUUACGGGCCUAUUCCUAUGUGCUUCAGAAACUUGACGUCUCUUCGAGUUCUUGAUCUCUCCAACAAUAUUCUCAUCGGAAACAUCCCUGCAGCUCUCAUUACUCCUCUCGUACACCUUGAGUAUCUAUCUCUCUCUGGCAACCUUUUUGGAGGUUCUUUUUCUUUCAAUUCUUUGGGCAACCAUUCAAAGCUUCAGUGGUUCGAACUUGGACCUUUGAACAAUGAUUCACAUGUCGACACUGAGGAUCUUGCUCUGCCCCCACCAUUUCAGCUAAAGGUUCUCUAUUUAUCUGGCUGCAACUUGAAUAAUCAGACUCGAAAAAUCCCAAGUUUCCUGCUCUAUCAGAAAGAAAUGCAAAUUCUUGAUCUGUCUUCCAAUAAGUUAGCCGGCCAGAUUCCUACUUGGCUUCUGCAGAAUAAUACAAACUUUGAAGUUCUUGUUCUAAAGGAUAACUCUUUUACGGGUCCGUUUCUUGUGGAUGAUUCUCUGGAAAUAGGUCUAAGGCGAUUAGACAUCUCAAACAAUGACGUCAGUGGUAAGGUUCCUCAAAAUAUCGGUUUAUCUUUUCCAUAUCUGUGGUACUUGAAUUUGUCACGAAAUUCAUUGGAAGCCAAUAUUCCCCAGUCAUUGGGAAACUUGACAGAGGCACUAUCAAUUGAUUUGUCCCACAACAAGUUUUCAGGGGAGGUGCCAGGUCAAAUUGGAACUGGAUGUUUAGCUCUUUAUAUGUUGGUAUUGUCUUAUAAUAAUUUGCAUGGCAAUUUUCCUUCUGGGUCCACGAACUUAACAAGCCUAGCAUUCCUUCACUUGGAUAAUAACCAUUUUAUUGGGAGCAUUUCACAUGGAUUAUCUCGCUCUCCAAGUUUAUAUUGGCUGGAUAUUUCAAACAAUUCUUUUCAAGGCAAAAUUCCAAGUUGGAUUGGAAAUUUUUCAUAUUUGAAGGGUCUUGACAUGUCAGCCAACUUGCUAGAAGGUAGCUUACCAGAUGCUAUAUGCAAACUUUCACAUCUUGAAUUUUUAGACCUCUCCAAAAAUCAGUUGAUCGGACCUUUACCAGCCUGCUCCGAGCUUACGUCAUUGAAGUUCAUCCACCUGCAUCACAACAUGAUCUCAGGGCCCAUCUCAAACAUGCUGUCUGGGAGCUUCAAUUUGAUGACACUCGAUUUGGGUUACAACAAGCUGUCUGGCGGUAUACCACGCUAUAUUGGUAAACUUAAAGAGCUCAGGGUUCUUCUACUGGGGGGAAAUGAAUUGCUUGGUCAUAUUCCUUUGCACUUAUGUCAGCUGCAGAAUGUGACAAUUAUGGAUCUUUCUCAGAAUAAGUUUUCUGGGCCACUGCCUACAUGCUUCAACAACAUUUCUUUUGGCAGCGGGCAGUUCUCCACAGAUGCAUUUUUUAAAUAUGACCAGCCUUUUGCAUUCCCCAUAAACCUUCCUUUUUUGGCCAACAGUGAGUAUUCUUAA